UACAGCGAGAGAGACUUAAACAGGCGAUUACGGAAAUAACUGCUUAGCCCGAAUCAAAUAAAUAAAGGAUUAAUAUCGAGUGCACCACCUGUGUAAGCCCGUAACACCCGUCACAAUGUCCAGACAAGCCAACCGGGCAACAGACAGCAAGAAGAUGAACUCGGAGUUGUUCACACUGACUUAUGGGGCCCUGGUCACCCAGCUUUGUAAAGACUAUGAGAAUGAUGAGGAGGUCAAUAAACAGCUGGAUAAGAUGGGUUAUAACAUUGGUGUGCGUCUGAUUGAGGACUUCCUGGCACGCUCAAGCAUCGGCAGGUGUCAGGAUUUCCGAGAAACAGCCGAUGUCAUUGCUAAGGUUGCUUUUAAAAUGUACCUAGGAAUCACCCCAAGCGUGACCAACUGGAGCCCUGCAGGAGAUGAGUUUUCCCUUAUCCUCGAGAAUAAUCCACUGGUAGACUUUGUGGAGUUGCCAGAUAACCACAGCACACUCAUCUACUCCAACCUUCUGUGCGGCAUCCUCAGAGGAGCCCUGGAGAUGGUCCAGAUGGCGGUGGAUGUGAAAUUUGCCCAGGACACUCUGAGAGGGGACAGUGUGACAGAAAUCCGCAUGAAGUUCAUUAAGAGGAUUGAAGAAAACCUGCCUGCGGGAGACGAGUGAUGGAAACACAGAGAUCACCUGCAUCCCACAGAGGGAGGACUGAUUUAAACACAGAACACUUUCACACAUUAAAAGAUGAACACAAUUCACACCAUCAGACCACGUGCUCAACUUUAACAGGAUGGUUACUUCUCUGGCAACAUAACAUCUCUACGAGUCGAUGUGAGCAUAAGAGGCUGAUGGAUGAUUCACUAAAAGUACCUGAAUCGACUCGUAGCUUCAGUUUGACCAUUUAUUUGUUACUAACCCAUGUUUAAAGACUCGUUGACGUCUUUUUCUCAUGAAUAAAGUGUUUUGUUUAUUUUUGUUCGGCACAAGGCGAGUAAGUCUUAUGCCAAGUUUUUUUUUUUUGGUUGUUUUUUUUUUUUGGGUCUAUUCUGUUCUUUUUUUGUUUUUAAUGAAAUCACACUUUAUUGCUGCCAAUUAUUUGGCAUGUUAAUUUAUGAUGAUGUUCAGUAAAAGUGACAUAUUUGA